CUCAUUUAUGACUAAUAUAAAUCCACAUUAUAUUAACAGCAACAUUAUAUUUACGAAAACGAAAUAACAAGGGACUUUUACAAAGGACCGUAACCAUAGUUACUGCGUCACUGUCUCCAUGGAAACGUAACAACAAACCCCUGCUGUAGUUUGACCGGUAGAGUGUAAUUGACUGUUGUCAUUACUUACGAUAUUCUUAAUUUCUUUUUACUUUCAUGGCGUUUCUAAUAAUAAUCAUUGAAUUUACUCAUUUUUAGGUGAUUGAUAACAGAAGUCUCGUGAGUUUUUGUCACUAACGCUGCAAAUGCCUCAAAGUGCGGCAUCCUCAUCUGCGAAGCUGUCUGGCAGCAGCGCUUUCUCUCGCCGCUAUCGCACACGAGCCCUCACCUCUCACGUGGACGAGAGCCUCUUCGGGACUCCCAAACAGCAUGUGGCGGAUAAUAAGGAUGUAGCUGAAGGUAACAGCGCGAGGUCGCGGUCACUGUCUCGCUCUGCUCCUGCCUUGAAAGAGGCCAGAUCAGAGACAGUGCGCAUCAUCACUAAAGAUCUCAUCAGGGACCUCAGAAUCCCGAGCGAGGACCCAUCAGGGCAGUCUGUCAUUCUCUCCGCUGCUGAGUUCAAGAGAAUAAUAGCAGAGUCAUAUGUUGCUAGUGAAGAUAAGAAGGUGGCUGUACAAGAGGCCCAGCGCAAAGCCCGUGAAGAGGCCAUGGAUGCUGCAGAGCAGAGAAAGGCACAGAUGCGCCAAGCGGACCUGUCUCGGCAGAAGAACCAAAACCUAAGUGAGCUGGAAGCAGAGGCGAGGGACCGCGCCCAGUACCUGCUGGGACGGGCCAACUCCCUGAGAAUGGAGCAAGAGGAUGAAGUCAAGAAGCUCAGUGAGUUGAUCCGGCAGGUGCAGUGCCAGGUCGUGCGGGAUGCUCAGAUUCAGGAGAAGCAGCAGAACGUCUCGCAGUGGGUUGACGAGGAGAAGAGACUGGAUGCCAUGAUGGAGGUGGAACGGCUCCGGGCCCUUGAAACUCAGGAGGAAAUCGAAGAUCUACGCAGACAGCAGAGGAUUCAGGGUAAGCUGUGCAUCGUAGACCAGAUGCAAAAGCGUCUGGAGGAAAAAAUGCUACAGGAGGAGGUGAAGGAGCAGGAAGGUCAGCAUAUGCUAGAGAACGUGGAACGGAUGCAGAUGGAGGAGCUCAAGGCCAUUGAAAGAAAGAAAGAGGACCAGAGGAAACUACUACAGGAGAUUCAGAAGAUAAAUGAAGGAAAUCUUGUUACUAAAGAGCAAAAGAAGGAAGAGGAGAGAUUAGCAGAUUUGCGAGCCGCAGAGUAUACCAAAAAGAAACUGGAACAAGCAGCUGAGUAUGAAGCCGAGCAGAUACGAAUAAAGAAAGAAAAAGAGAAGGAGGUGGCACGACUGAGAGCUCUACAGGAAAGAAACAGAGACCACAAGGCUGAGCAGGAUGAGAUUCGAGCAAGGAGGAACCAGGAAGCAGCUGCAAGAGAAUGGAGAAAAAAGGAGAAAGAGGAGAUGAAAAGAAUGCAGGAAGAGGAAGAGAGGCUGAAGGUUGCACGUUUGGAGCAGGUGACUCAUAAAGAACACUUGCUGUCCAUUGAGGCUGCCCGGGAGAGAGCAGAGUUUGAGAGGGUCCUGAGAGCCCAGCAGGAGCUUAUUGAGAAAGAUCAUGAAAAAGAACAGCAGAAACAUCAGCGGAUUCACAGGCAUGCCAACGCCGUGAGGCAGCAGAUUCGGGAAAGAGAGCUGCAGGCCAUAGGUCAACGGAGAGAGAUGUUCCGCGAGGGAGAGCGGCUGGAGGAGGAGGCGCGUAAUCGCAGGACACGGCUAGAUGAGAUUAAAGAAAAGAAGCUGAGGGAACUUAAGGCAGCUGGGCUCUCAGAGAAAUACUGCAAAGAAGUGGAGCGUAAAGUCAGAGUUCCUCCUCCUUUGCUACACUGAGGAGCAACAAAUCUGAGCAAUUGUUAACAAAAUCCAACAAUAAAUAAAAAAGAAAACAGAUAAUGUGUUUUGCUCUGACAUACAAGUAAAUAAAGCUAUUAGGAAUAAUUAUGUGUAUGUAUAACACGUUGACUGUAAAUUGUGAUUUAUGAUUCCCUUGGUGAGAUUAACAUGCACACUGUCAAGGUAGAAAAUCACCUUUCUCGGGACAUUUUCCCAGAUUGUUUCUUUCAAUCGGCCAGUCUAGACCAAACACCACCACAGGAAUUAUCUGUAGUCAUAAACAAUAAUCAUUAUGAUGAUUCCCUAAUGUAGCCAGCUGCUUACAGAAAUGUAGACAUUAAACAAAAAUGUGUCUACAUUAUGAACUUCUCAGUUUUUCUGGAUACUUCUGAGAAUGACUCAGUUUGACCAGACACACAGACGUCAUCCACACUGUCAGAAAAAAAUGAAAUGAAGAUUAACCCUAAACUGUCACUUAUCUCUACCUAAAUAGUACAUAUUAGGACCCUUUUGAAGUAUCUUCCCAAAUGACAGCUUGGCCUGGGUACAUUUUUUGAACUACCAGAAUUUAUACUGCU